AUGACCAGAGAAGAGGCUGAGGCUUCACCAAAGCUGAUUAAAGAUAAAAUCUUACUUUGUGGUCACCAGAUAGAUGCUUUGUUUGAUUUUGGUGUUAUGCACUCUUUUAUAUCUAAUAAGUGUGCUAAGAGGCUAAAGUUGCAUGUGCUUGAAAUGUCAUUUUCCAUAAAUGUGUCUACGCCGGUUGGUGCAUCUGUGAAGACCAGUCGGGCUUGUUUGAAACUAGAGUUGAAGUUUAGUGAUAGAGUCAUCGUUAUUGACUUAAUUUGCUUACCUUUGAGUGGCAUUAAUGUGAUAAUAUGGAUGGAUUGGUUGUCUGCCAAUGGUGCAACACUUGACUAUAAUAGAAAGAUAGUCUCCUUAUCAAUUUACAUAUCAACAGCUAUUAACCCUGAACCUAUCAAGUCAUUAUCAGUAGUGGACAAUAAGACUCCAAAGUUCUUGUUAGCCCUACAAGUAGAGAAGUCAAUGAAAGAGGGUUGUCAAGCUUUUAUGAUCUGCUAUUCUACACAUGAAGUGUAUGACGGAGGAAUUGAUAGAAUUCGUGUAGUGAAUGAGUUCCUAGAGGUAUUUGAUGACUGA